AUGAAGCCGGAGGAACAAGUUAAAGAAGAACAGCCACAGCGUGAGGGAAGUGACCUAGAAAUUGAUAAUGAGGGCGUGAUUGAACCAGACACAAAUGAUCCCCAAGAAAUGGGUGAUGAAGAUGCAGAGGUGACAGAUGAGAUGAUGGAUCAGGCCAAUAAAAAGAAGGGCGCAGCCAUUGAUGCCUUAAAUGCUGGGGAACUUCAGAAAGCCACUGACUUGUUCACAGACGCCAUCAAGCUGAAUCCUCAGCUGGCCAUUUUGUACGCCAAGACAGCAAGUGUCUUCGUGAAACUGCAGAGACCCAACGCUGCCAUCAGAGACUGUGACCAGGCAAUAGACAUAAACCCUGAUUCAGCCCAGCCCUACAAGUGGCGAGGGAAAGCUCACAGGUAG